AUGGCGGCGCUGACACUGGCCUUGGUGGCAAUGGCGCGCUUGGCGACGACCGCCGCCUACGAGCCCAACCUCUUCUUCGACUACGACCUCGGCGACACCUCGUGCAUGUACCGUUAUUGGCCCGACUACCGGGACCCGCCGUUGGUCAAUGUCACGAUGUGGGACACGGUGUUCUCAGACACGCCGUCGGGGUCGUACGAGCCCGGCAUGGUGGGGAAGGGCAGCGCUGCACACAUCGGCUCCAGGCCCAACGAAUACUUCUCCUUUGGAAGCCAGGCAGUCCUCAACUUUGUCGGCCACGGCUUCAAGGUGACGGGCUCGACGAACGGCUCGUGGUCGCCAGUCUUGGUCGGCAGCAGUAGAUCUGUUCCGAUCAAGCUCAUGUUGAACGGAGUACAGCAGCAAGUGAGCCAGCCAGCGGACAACGUCCUGUUCCAGUCGACGAAUGUCACCUUUGGCUGGGUUAGCGCCAUCAUGAGCGGCCCGUACUUGAACGUCUUUGUGCUGAACCGCACAACCAUCAUGACUGGGAUCGUUGCCGAAGCCGAUAGAACGGACAUUGGCAGCGUGCCGACUCGCAUCGAACGCAUUGUUCAAAAUGGUGCGAUCAACUCGUUCUUCACCAAGCGGGGUAGCUGGUCUGUCGUCGAUAGCAUUGGCGGCGUCGGCGGGCAGGACAAGAUCUCCUUCCCGCAUGUGGUUGGCUCGGGCGACGCCCAGCUCACCGCCACUCUACCGCGCAACGUCUCAUUCCUCGUCAUCAACGGCACCACGGGUCCCAACUACAACGAAGCGUUCAUCAAUGUGUCCCCCGCACCACCCAUGACGCCGCGGUCGUUCUCUCACACCGGCACAAAGGACAAGUGGGUGGCCGAGUCCAUCUUCCACGUCACUCCCCUGGACCCAAGACUCAUCUACACGCUCACCCUCGCGCCUGGAGCCAACAGCACCGUGGCGUUCUCCAGCAUUGAGAUGUACUCGGGAGUCGGGACGGGUAAUAGCGCAUCUGCCUUCGAUGAGCUCGGCACGACGGCCAAGAACCCGGUCAGCAAGGGUGCUAUCGCGGGAGGUGUCGUCGGCGGCGUCCUUGGCCUGGCGUUGCUUGCAGCUUUGGGUUUCUGGCUCUUCAGGUGGUACCAGCGGAGGACAGCACCACUGCGCUUCGAACGAGCAGACGACGCGCAAGCCACGCCGUUCAUCGCCUCGCCACGACAAGACAGCGGCACCCAGCCCCUCUUCCAGUCGGCAGCCGCGGACAAGGCGGCACUGCGACCACCACAACAAGUGUACGCCCAGCCCGACUUUGCUGCGUCUGGGUCGGCGGCCGGGCCCAGCUGGGCGGCUGGUAGCAGCAGCCAGAGCCUCACAGCAGUUUCGCCUGGCGCCUCUGCACCCUCUGCCACUUCGCCUUCGGUAGCCGGUGCAGCUCCUGCGGACCAUGACAGGAUGGCAGAGUACAAGGCGCAGAUUCUGACGGCGAGCACUGGACGCUCGUCGCCCAGCGCCUCGGAACAGAGCCCCAUCGCUCCUGGCGGUCUUCCGCCCGGUGCUGCGCAGAGGUAG